GUCACUCUCCGCUGGGGAAGAAAGGAAUGGAAAAAUUUUAAUUCGAUUUUAACAGUAGAACCCUCAAGAUGUUACCCAAAAAAUGGAUUCCCAAACCGCUACAGCUACUACUCCUCCUGGUUACCCUAGAGGUUAUCCACAAAUCCCAGGCAGCUAGUUUCUGCACCAAGGCGGAUCAGUGUGCCCUGGACGAGGAGGUAAAACCAGCUGCAGUUCCACCUCCAGUUCAAGCCCGCUACGAUCACACGCGCAUCUACCAAGUGGAAUUGGCCAGUGAAGAACAUGUCCGGAUCUUUCAGGCCCUGGAAUUGGCCAGCGAUUCGUGCUCCUUCAUGGGUCAUGCCCGGCAACCAGGUCAAAAGCUGACCAUUAUGGUGACGGCUGCCAAGGUGGCCGACUUCGAUGAUUUGGUGCACAGCUAUAAUGUGACGCAUAGGGUGCUGAAUCACAAUUUCCAGGCCCUGAUCGAUGCCAACUAUCGCGAGGUGGCUCCGGAAGGAAUCACACCCGACCAAUUCGACUGGAAACGCUAUCAUUCGCUGGAGAGUAUCGAUGCCUGGCUGGGGAAUCUGGCCAAGAAGCAUCCCGAGGUGGUUACCCUAGUCCAGUUGGGUGUCAGCACCCAGGGAAGGCCCAUUCAGGGUGUGAAGAUCGCUUUUGACGGGGAGAAUCGAACCACUGUCUUCGUGGAGAGCGGGAUUCAUGCUCGCGAAUGGAUUGCUCCGGCCACGGCUACCUAUAUCAUCGACCAGCUGGUGAACUCCCAGGAUCCGACCAUCCAGGAAUUAGCGCGCUCCCAAAACUGGUACAUCUUUCCCACCGUAAAUCCCGAUGGAUAUCGCUACACCUUCCAGGGCGAUCGCAUGUGGCGCAAAAAUCGAGCUCUCUUCGGGAUCUGCCGAGGUGUGGAUCUCAAUCGGAACUUCCCAUUUCAUUGGAACGUCACGGGAGCCAGUGGAGAUCCCUGCCGCUAUGAUUACUCGGGACCUUCGGCUGGAAGUGAGGUGGAAACCCACGCGAUGACUGAGUUCAUAAAGAACCGGGUUGUUUCGGAGCGCAUACGUACUUUUAUAGCGCUGCAUAGCUACUCCCAGAUGAUCAUGUUUCCCUAUGGACACAGUGCCCAGCGUGUGAAUAACUAUCAGGAUCUAAAGGAGAUUGGCCAACUGGCUGCUCAGCGGAUCAAGGAUGUGAGUGGCAGGAUCUACAAGAGUGGCAGCAUUUACGAGACCAUCUAUCCCUCGUCUGGUGGAUCCAAGGAUUGGGCUCAUGGUCAGCUAAAGAUACCCAUUACCUUCUCGUACGAGCUGCGUGGACCGGCGGAUAGCGAGGACCUGUUCAUUUUGUCCGCCAAGGAGAUCGAACCCACGGCAGCAGAAGCCUUCGCCUCCAUCCAAACGAUCGUGCAGGAGGCCGGCAAACGAGGCUAUUACCAGUGAUCUCCAGCCUCAGCUGCACAUCCAAAUCCAAAGACGACGACGACGACGAUGAUGAUGAUAAAUGUCGUCUGGCCUGGCAGUUCACAUGAAAAACACAUUACGCGCCAUCGUUUCUUAAUGCUAAAUAAUGAUGGCAAAAUCAUGACACAAAACCUCAUAAUAAUGUUGGUAAAUCAAAGCAAAUAUAGUCAGACUCGAACAACCUUA